CCGGAUGCUGCAGCAACAAACGUCCGCUUCAGGCGGUCGAAAGAAUAAAGACUCUACUGAAAUACUGUACGCCAGCGACGUAUCUUGUCUUUCCCAGUGCUUUUGUAUUUACUUGGCGUAGACUAAAAACCGAUAAGGAGGACAUCGCUGUUCCAGGAAUGUAUUUUCAGAGGUUUCAAAGGUGACAUUGUACUGGUUUGAACCCACAAUCUUCACCAUGGGGAAGAGAUACUACUGUGACUACUGUGACAGGUCCUUUCAGGACAACAUGCAUAACAGGAAAAAACAUCUGAAUGGUGUUCAGCAUCACAGAGCUAAAAAGGCCUGGUUUGACAAUUUUCGAGACUAUGCAGCUAUUUUAUAUGAUGAGCAAACAAAGAAACCCUGUAGGAAGUUUCUCCAAAAAGGAAUUUGUGAUUUUGGCCCAAACUGCAGGUUUUCUCAUAUGUCUGAAGAGGAGCUGUUUAACCUAAAAAGACAAGUGGAAGAUGAAAGACAGCACAGAGAGGACUCUCAGGACAGAAUUAUGCCUGGGCGAAGUGUAGAAGACUGGCUCUCUAGAAGGGAAAAGAAGCGAACUGCCCUCAGUAGCAAAGGAGAUCUAAAAAAUAAGGAAGACAGUGAAGAGGGCCAAACAGACGGUGACAUACCUCAACAGCUUCUUUGCAUUCCUGACCUUCCACCAUCACUUCUACCUCCUCCUCCAGGCGGAUGGAACGUCAAAGUGAGCAGUGACUGGGGCUGAGAGAUAUUCACUUCGGUGUUUAAAUCACUGUUAAAUGGAUAUGUGACAUUAACAGAAGGAAGAAUGGUACAGGUACAGUUUCUAUGAAGGGAUGGUGUCAUAUAUGUAUUUGAAAGUUUGAAGUGAAGUUUUCAGUUGAUACUGAAAAGCUUUUUGUAGCCAUUUCUCAUUUUGAAAAUUGGAAUUAAGUACUUGAUUCUACAUACCAAUUGGCAUAUUUUGUAAAGUAAAAGUAAUUUAUUUUUAUUUGCAGAUAAUGAUUUUUAAAAUAAUCUAUUUAAGUGUCAAGCUUAAGGAGCCAAUUUAAAAUGAAUAAAAGCUUGAAUGUCAGAGUGACAGUGUGUUGUUGAUUGCUCCACAAAUCAGCAGCAGAGUUCUUUACAAUGAGACUCCUCUCAGGAGUUACAUUUGAUGUCAUGUAGUCCCAAAAGGAAUGGAGGACUGUUGAGCAGAUGGAAAUAAUUUUUUUCUCUUUAUUUUAAACCUGUGUUGCGUCAUCAGGUAUCACCGAUCUCGUGACUUCAUUUUAUUUUGAACCCAGUCACUGGAAAACACCAGUUUACUUCCUAAAUCAUGAAGUUUGUUAAUACAUUUUUAUCGACGAGCCUCAUGCCUUUUGAAAACAUCAGUUAGAUUAUUUCCCUCAACUGAGGUUAUGCGGAGAUGUAUGUACUUUGAACAUUCCACAUUUGUUGCAUAUGCAAUGCAGUGUUUCCAGCAGAAUCAUCAUUAAAUUGCUUUAAUUGCUUA